AUUUAUGGCAUCAAUAGGAAGGUCAUGCCCUGGACACGCCUCCUGGUGGCUGGAACCCAUAAAUAUCAAGGCGUCUGUGUUCCCAGCAGAGCCGUCACCAUGGGGCUCCCCAGGGUCACCCUGGCAAUGUGUCUGCUGCUGGGCCACGUCCUCCACGCAGUUACACAAGUAACAGAAGACGUGACCUCGUCUAGGGAGACGUCUGUGCCAACCGGUUUCUUCACGCGUCUCCUGGGAACGGAGGACACCUCUGCUUCGACUGGACGGUGGGCCACGCAGACCGAAGGCUAUGACUACGGCUUGCCGCUGAGGCUGGUGGACGGCGCGGACCGGUGCCAGGGCCGGGUGGAGGUCCUGUACCAGGGCGUCUGGGGCACCGUGUGCGACGACAGCUGGGACGCCCGGGACGCGGACGUGGUGUGCAGGCAGCUGGGCUGCGGCUACUCGGUGUCGGCGCCCGGCGGGGCCCACUUCGGCCAAGGCUCGGGGAACAUCCUGCUGGGCACCGUGGACUGCGCGGGCUGGGAGCCCUCCCUGUCCAGCUGCCCCCAUGGCGGCUGGUACAACCACGCGUGCGGACACAGGGAAGACGCUGGCGUCGUGUGCUCAGCUACUCAGGCCUACACAAUCUGGCCAGACGCAUGGACAACUCCAUCCACAACUGCUCCUCAAACAACAACAGAUUUCGGGACCGAUUCGGGUUUGGCCCUGAGGCUGGUGAAUGGAGGUGACCGGUGUCAGGGCCGCGUGGAGGUCUUCUACCGAGGCUCCUGGGGCACCGUGUGUGACGACGGGUGGGACACCAACGACGCCAACGUGGUGUGCAGGCAGCUGGGCUGUGGCUGGGCCAGGUCGGCCCCAGGAAGUGCCCAGUUCGGACAGGGCUCAGGCCCGAUCGUGCUGGAUGACGUGGGCUGCUCAGGGUACGAGUCCUACCUGUGGAACUGCCCACAUAAUGGUUGGAACUCCCACAACUGUGGGCACGGAGAGGACGCCGGCGUCAUCUGCUCAGAUGCUCAGGCCUCCACAUCCUGGCCAGACGCAUGGACAACUCCAUCCACAACUGCCUCUACUCUAAUAACAACAGAUUUCGGGACCGAUUCGGCUCUGGCCCUGAGGCUGGUGAAUGGAGGUGACCGGUGUCAGGGCCGCGUGGAGGUCCUCUACCGAGGCUCCUGGGGCACCGUGUGUGACGACGGGUGGGACACCAACGACGCCAACGUGGUGUGCAGGCAGCUGGGCUGUGGCUGGGCCACGUCGGCCCCAGGAAGUGCCCGGUUCGGACAGGGCUCAGGCCCGAUCGUGCUGGAUGACGUGGGCUGCUCAGGGUACGAGUCCUACCUGUGGAGCUGCCCACAUAAUGGUUGGAACUCCCACAACUGUGGGCACGGAGAGGACGCCGGCGUCAUCUGUUCAGCUGCUCAGCCCUCCACAUCCUGGCCAGACACAUGGACAACACCUUUCACAACUGCCCCUACUCAAACAACAACAGGAUUCGGGACCGAUUCGGGUCUGGCCCUGAGGCUGGUGAAUGGCGGAGACCGGUGUCAGGGCCGAGUAGAGGUCUUCUACCGAGGCUCCUGGGGCACCGUGUGUGACGACGGGUGGGACACCAACGACGCCAACGUGGUGUGCAGGCAGCUGGGCUGUGGCUGGGCCAGGUCGGCCCCAGGAAGUGCCCGGUUUGGACAGGGCUCAGGCCCGAUCGUGCUGGAUGACGUGAGCUGCUCAGGGCACGAGUCCUACCUGUGGAGCUGCCCGCACAGGGGCUGGAACUCGCACAACUGCAACCACGGAGAGGACGCCGGCGUCAUCUGCUCAGCUGCUCAGGCCUCCACAUCCUGGCCAGGUGCAUGGACAACUCCUUCCACAACUGCCUAUCCUCUAAACACAACAGGGUUCGGGACCGAAUCGGCUCUGGCCCUGAGGCUGGUGAACGGCGGUGACCGGUGUCAGGGCCGCGUAGAGGUCUUCUACCGAGGCUCCUGGGGCACCGUGUGUGACGACGGGUGGGACACCAACGACGCCAACGUGGUGUGCAGGCAGCUGGGCUGUGGCUGGGCCAGGUCGGCCCCAGGAAAUGCCCGGUUCGGACAGGGCUCAGGCCCGAUCGUGCUGGAUGACGUGAGCUGCUCAGGGCACGAGUCCUACCUCUGGAGCUGCCCGCACAGGGGCUGGAACUCGCACAACUGCAACCACGGAGAGGACGCCGGCGUCAUCUGCUCAGCUGCUCAGACCACCACAUCCUGGCCAGACGCAUGGACACCUCCAUCCACAACUGCUCCUCAAACAACAACAGGUUUCGGGACCGAAUCGGCUCUGGUCCUGAGGCUGGUGAAUGGCGGUGACCGGUGUCAGGGCCGCGUGGAGGUCUUCUACCGAGGCUCCUGGGGCACCGUGUGUGACGACGGGUGGGACACCAACGACGCCAACGUGGUGUGCAGGCAGCUGGGCUGUGGCUGGGCCAGGUCGGCCCCAGGAAGUGCCCGGUUCGGACAGGGCUCAGGCCCGAUCGUGCUGGACAACGUGGGCUGCUCGGGGCACGAGUCCUACCUGUGGAGCUGCCCACACAAUGGCUGGAACGUGCACAACUGCAACCACGGAGAGGACGCCGGCGUCAUCUGCUCAGCUGCUCAGACCACCACAUCCUGGCCAGACGCAUGGACACCUCCAUCCACAACUGCCUCUCCUCAAACAACAACAGGGUUCGGGACCGAUUCGGCUCUGGCCCUGAGGCUGGUGAACGGCGGUGACCGGUGUCAGGGCCGCGUGGAGGUCCUCUACCGAGGCUCCUGGGGCACCGUGUGUGACGACGGGUGGGACACCAACGACGCCAACGUGGUGUGCAGGCAGCUGGGCUGUGGCUGGGCCAGGUCGGCCCCAGGAAGUGCCCGGUUCGGACAGGGCUCAGGCCCGAUCGUGCUGGACGACGUGAGCUGCUCAGGGCACGAGUCCUACCUGUGGAGCUGCCCGCACAGGGGCUGGAACUCGCACAACUGCAACCACGGAGAGGACGCCGGCGUCAUCUGCUCAGCUGCUCAGCCUUCUACAACCUGGCCAGACACAUGGACAACUCCUUCCACAACUCCAUCCACACCGGUCUCUCUUCAAACAACAGCAGGGUUCCAGAAUGACUCAGGUUUGGCCCUGAGGCUGGUGAACGGCAGUGACUCAUGUCAGGGCCGCGUGGAGGUCCUCUACCGAGGCUCCUGGGGCACCGUGUGUGACGACGGGUGGGACACCAACGACGCCAACGUGGUGUGCAGGCAGCUGGGCUGUGGCCAGGCCAGGGCGGCCCCAGGAAAUGCCCGGUUCGGACAGGGCUCAGGCCCGAUCGUGCUGGACGACGUGAGCUGCUCAGGGCACGAGUCCUACCUGUGGAGCUGCCCGCACAGGGGCUGGAACUCGCACAACUGUGGGCACCACGAGGACGCCGGCGUCAUCUGCUCAGCUCCGCCCAUCGUCGUGACCACCCCAGAGCCUCCCUUCACCAGCACCAGGCCAGCUGCCGCGGGGGCCUGUGGGGGCUUCCUGUCCCGGCCCUCGGGGCGCUUCUCCAGCCCGUCCUACCCCGGGAGCUACCCCAACAACGCCCGCUGCGUGUGGGACAUCGAGGUCCAGAACAACCACCGCGUGACCGUCGUCUUCAGAGACGUGCAGUGA